CUCACGGGCUCCGUGCUCAAACGCGCUCUCGCGCUGGACAGCACCUGCUGCCGGGGAACAAGAGGCACAGGAACUCAGGAAGCAGUUGCCACGUGCGGACACAUAGCCCGCGAAGAGGAAACCAGCAGGCGCACUUUUCUCUCUUGUUUCUCCGAGAGAGGACCGAAAAGGAGAAGAAGCGACGAGGCCCCGUUUCUCGCACCAUACAUCUCUCUCUCUCUCUCUCUCGCUCUCUCUCUCUUUUCGUCUCGCUGCCUGGAGUGCGUCUGUGACCCGGUCGCCCAGUGCCGUUGCCGGGUGAUGAUGUCCACCGAGGAGGAGCUUCGGGAAGCGCUCUCCCGUGAGCGCAGGUUGGUGCGCGGUCUCCUCCUGUGGGGCACCCUGCUCUCCCUGGUCCAGGCUGCCACCCUCACCCUGCUCUUCACCUGGCCGAUGAAGACAGCUCCCAGUGUGGACACGCCGCUGAAAGCCACAGAGGUUGGUCCAAAAGAGAAGGCCCCAGUCACUGCCCAGCAUCCAACAGGGCAGGUGCCAUUUGAAGAGUUCACCGUCUAUCCCGAAUCAGGGUCCAGCACCAAGGUAGGAAUCAUCAAGUGGAGGUCAGAGGAUGGUGAAAAAUCUCUGGAAAUCUCCCAAGAUGGACGCUACUUCCUGUACAUCCAGGUCACCGUCCAGAAGCCUGACCAGGACAGCUUCUACACUGUGAAGGUCAGCAAGCACAAUGACCAAACACAAUCCAAAGUUCUGCUGGAGGACUGCUUCAGGGGGAAGAAUUCAAACGAGUCCCCCAGUACAGGCUUCCUGGGGCGGCAGGUCCAGCUCUCAGUGGGCGAUAAGCUGUCUGUCACCUGUUCCCCCUCUGCAUUGAUCAACACCACCGACACUGCAACUUAUUUGGGAUACUACCUGCUGAGUAUGUAACAACCUCCUGGCCGGCCUUUGCACCUCAGUCUGCGCACUGGAAGCUCACGUCUGUCCUUUGUCAAACCCCAGCAGUUCCUUGUUUCAAACUUUUCUAUAACCCAAAAUUCCAAAACUCUCCAAGGAUCUACAAGUUGAAACUGAACUUUUGACCUACCACCACAAAUCUCAGGAAUUCCUCAGCAUCUUCCCACUGGAACUGCAGCUUUCAUGGACCUCUAAUUCCAACAAUUCCUCAGCAUCUACCUACUGCCGCUGACCUUCUUAUUGUCCCCCAGGACUACCAAGUCAAUGGAACCAAACUUCGCUGUACCCUAAAUCAACCAGUCCUGGAGGAUCUACCUGCUGGAACUGAACUUUUAAUGACCCUUUAACACCAGCAAUUUCCGAGUGUCUAACUUCUGGAACCGAUCUUGUCGUUAACCUCUAAUACCAGCAGUUCCAGAGGUUCUGCUUACUGGAUAUAAUGUUUUAGUUCAGCCCCAAUUCCAACAGUCUUUGAGGAUCUAGAAGUUGGACAUGAACUUUAAGUUCACCUCCAUCCCAGCCAUUUUGAAGUUCUAUCUGAUG